AUGGCAGCAGAUCGCGGGCAGGAAGCAGCAGCAGCGACCCAAUGGGUCGCCUUGUCUCGCGACGAGGUGAGUCCCUGUAUCUCCCCUGAGCUCAUCUACGGUGGUAUUGAAUGUGCCAUUGGUAUUGGGCAGGUAUUGCGGCGUAUCGAGGCGCUGGCAGCAGAUUUCUUGGAGCGUCUUUCGGACGGGAAGCUGCUCGAGCUGGAGGCUUUGAAGCGCAAUUCGUCAGCAUUGGUGUACGACCAUCAGAACCAGCGCCAAAUCCACGGGAAUGAAAGGCGCUUCGUGAAACUGAACAGGCAGGGAGGGAGGAGAUACACCGGAAUUUGGCUCAUCUUGCAGACCGCACAUGCGCUACUAACAGAAAACAAGACGGCAACUCAGAGAGAUGUCUACUAUCUGCACCCGUUCUUCAAAGGGCAAAGUGAAGCGGACGAAGCGAUUCUCGAUGCGGGAAGUAUCCUGGGAGUUCCAAGAGGAUGCAUGAACAUUGUCGGUGCAACGAAAGGCUGCUUCACUGGAGACAUCAGUAUUUUGGUACGUGGCGCACCCGCGCACAGAGAUGGCUGUUGGAGGCAUUUUGGGAGUGGGGAAGAGGUCUCAAUUACUCAAGAGCUUCUGCAGUUGAAGCCAAGUGACGUAGAGGAUAAGUUUUACAAGAUGGUUCCGAGCAUCCUGAUCACUGGUCGCGGUUUUCCAGAUCUGGCUACGAGGGUGUUUGUGAGCCUUUUGAGCCACGCGUUGAAAAUUCCCGUCCUUGGUCUCUGUGACUGCAACCCGUUUGGCCUCUCCAUUAUGCUUACGUACAAACUAGGAUCAGCUCGGAUGCCGUUGGAGUCGCUUGAAUACGCCGUCGACAUCAAGUGGGUUGGUGUUCGUCCGUCCCAAAUCGCGGCCUUAGGUCUGCCACAGUCAUCGUUUAAAGCGCUCACUCGGAAGGACAUCGCUGUGGCAAACUCCUUGUUGCAAGCAAGCUUCGUGCAGGCAAAUGAGCACUACAGGGAUGAAGUUCAGAUGUGGCUCGAGGACUCGUUACCGUGGAAAAUUGAGCUCGAAGCACUACACUUCUUAGGUUUCACGUUCUUGACCUCCUUCCUCCAAGACUGUAUUCAGGAAGGCAAUUUUCUAUGA